AUGGAAGGAGAAAACUUUUUUUUAAAAGAAAAAAUCCAGUAUGACGAAUUUAAUAAGAAUAUACAAGAAGAGUACAAGAAGAGAUUCGAUGUGAAUAACAAAAUAGAAGAAUAUUUUGACGAUGUGCCAGUUACAGCUCCAGUGAAAAGUUCUACAUCUUUAUAUACGUCAACAUCUGUUUCAGAAAAGGAGAAGAAUAAUAGAAACGAGAAAAAAACAUUCCUUCACAAUUUCAUGUUCCCAUUUAUAGAAUUGGGAAACAAAUUUUAUUCAUCUGUCACUUUGAUAUAUGAACCCAAAUUAUAUCACCUCUCUAUAUUUAUGACCAUUCUAUGGGCAUAUAAAAACAUUAAGUGCAUUAACAAAUUGCUCAUUCAUAAAUAUAACGAUAUACAUUAUCAAAUUACUCGACCAGAUUCAUUGAAUAGCAGAUAUAAAGCAUUUAAAGUUUUAGCUAUUGGUGGUUCUGUCAUCCCAUGCUCCUUCAUUGCAUUUACCAUUUACAAUGCCUACAAGGGAAAAACAAAUUCUCUGCAUAUGUCAAAUUAUCAAAAAAUCAUAACCGUUAGAGACACCACAUCUUCCCUUAUUCCAUAUACCUUGAGGAGAGACAUAUCGCGAAAGUUGCAACUACUAAAGGAGAAAACCCUCUUCUUUGGAAAAGACUUGGCUGAAAAUAAUAACUUCAAGAAAUUGUCUAAGGAAUAUCACAGAAAUGUUGACAAACGGUUGCAACGACAUUUUUUAAAGAAGGGCGACCCCUUGGGAUAG